GUGGUUAAAAUAUCAGUCCAUCUUCUAUAAAUUUCUUCUCUUCAUUAGGUGACUUAGAGCGAGAAGUGGGGUACACCCUGGGCUGGUCGCCAGGCAAUCUCAUGGCACAUAGACAACCAUUCGCACAUAUGGCCAAUUUAGAGUCUUUCAUCAAGGUAAUAUGCAUGUUUUUUGGAAUAUGGGAGGAUGAUGGAAUAAAGCAACCUGUUUUGUGCCGUGACUUUCUGCCACCAAAUUGUCACUCUGCCAGAUGCAUAGCCAAAGAUACUUCCUCUGCUGCUUCCAGAAGCCCAGCUUGUUACGAACUGGUCCGUCAAACUGGCAAACACGCAGCAAGUACAUGAAAAUGAGGAUCUUCUAGCAUUUGUGUGGUCUACGAAAAGUUCGAGGUGCCGCGGUGAGGAAGCUGGAAAGUGUUGACCUCACAUUUCCAAGGACCGGGGUUCAAAUCCAAGCCUCCCCUGUGUGGAGUUCGCAUGCUCUCCCUGUGCCUGCGUGGGCUUCCUCUGGGCACUCCCGUUUCCUCCCACACCCCAAAACAUGCAUACUCUGAAGUGCCCAUAGGUGUGAUUGUGAGUGCAACUGUUGCCUGUCUCCGUGUGCCCUGCGAUUGGCCGGCAACCAGUUCAGGUUGUACCCUGCCCCUUGACCCGUUGACUUGCCCGGAUAGGCUCCCGUGACCCUCGUGAGGAUAAUGGAUGGAUGGAUGUACAUCCAGUGCAUAUUUUCAACGACGUUGCUGAGGUAAAACAUCGUGUCCUGUCCCUUUAAUUCUGCCGGCAUUCCGGAGGAUUUACGCAACUGUCAUGUCGCGGGAGCUCCUUGCUACGCCGCUAGAGAGCAGCCGUGAGCCUCGCGACGAACCCUCCGCCACAGCCGAGGCAGCCGGCUCAGUCCUGACCCGCAUUCGGCCUCACUCGCAGCAGCAACACAGUCAUGGGGGAGGACGCAGCGCGCACACACCGACUGUGGCAGUGGCAGUGGCAGUGGCUUUGACAGUUGCGGUCACACGCGCACCAGUUAGCUGUGGGAAGUGGGCCACUGGGAGAGGCUCGGACGCCUUUCUGACACGAAUAUUCAGCUUUCAUUGAGGAGACCUGCCCCUUAGAGGAACAGGUUGACCGACUGAAGAAUCCUCCCUGUAAAAGUUAGGACAACAUCAGGCCAUCCAGUAGUAACUUGGACCACCAGGCUUUUUUGAAGAAAGAAUUGGUGCACACUGACUUCCUUUGGUGGUGCUCAGGCUGACACUAUUCUUUGCAGUCAAAAUCACCAGCAUUAUUUUUUACAUGAUACGAGAUUUAAAAAAUGUUUUGACAGAUUCAUCUCCUACCAUCCUCUCCUCCAUCGGAUAAGAAGAAACAUCUGCUCUAUACCUCUUGUAGAAAUACAAAAGCAUCAAAAAUACUAUCUAUAAUAUUAGUUCCUAUAUUUUUUCUUCGUGCAACAUUUAUAUGAAUACCUCGGGGAUACUCUUCAAUUACCUACCUCUUCCAUUAAAACAGCCAACUCAGUGACCAGAACACAGCAAAUCCACACCUGCGACCUCUUACUGCUGUUACCGGGACAACCUGGAUUGCCUCUCAAACUCUGCUUGCUGCAGUUGUUUCAGCUAGCAAUGACUGGACCUCAUACUUGGAUCUGCCCAUCAUCUAAAAUUGUACUUGCUUGAAGCCCAAGUUAGUGUUUAGUGAAGAAAAACAUUUUGCUGUCGAGGGGCUGCUGUACACUUGCCGGAGCCUCACCUGUCCAAUAAUAUACCUCAGUCGAUAAAUUGUCUACAGACUCAAAGAAACAGAAGGGAACUAGCAACAUCAACCAGAACCCUGGUGCUUCAAAUUACCCAAUGUACCAACUAUUUCAGCAUUGUUCAUUUGGCUUAGGGACUGGGGUGUAGCAACUGUGGCCAAGGAGUCCUCCUUUGAAUGGUUUUGGACUCGAUGAUCGCUGAUCUCCAUUUCCUUCUCAACUAGUCCCAUUGCAUAUAAGUCUCAACGUUUAUGUAGAAGCGCAGAUAAGCUAUUGUCUAAAAGGCCUGCAGAAAAGGUGAAGUUUCAUUCCAUUUGCACUUCCUCUCAUCCAAUGAAGCCUCCAGAGAAAUGCUGAGGAGGACACGAAGAAUGCAGACUUCUUGGAAAAUAGAACUCAAAGCACUAAAUUAAUUGGCAAGUUAAGCGUGAGAAGAUCAUCCCAUGUACCACGAAAGAACUUAAGAGAAGAUGCCUUAAGACAAAAGAAAAGGAAUGCAAUGAAAACACGAACAAAACCAGAAACAAACAAUGCAACGAAUUCCAAAAGACGAAAACACCCCAAAAGGCAACGUCCCAAUUCACAGACCUUCUUAGAAAUCCCACGCCCUUUCUCGACAAGACCUGCCCCAGUUCAACAUGAUCUUGCUAUGUCGUUUAUUUCGCCUCAGCUGUUGUUGUGCCAACCAUGCUCCUCCCAGCCAAUAGCUGCAACCAUUCCCAUGUGGCUGCCUAUUGAAGGGUCUGCCAGCAAAUCCUGAGCAAGCUGGCAAGGUCUGUGUCAACCUCAUUGUCCUGUCAUUGGCUGCUGGAUGGGACUUAGGCCGAAUGGAACCAGAGUCCAAGAAGCAGAAUAACGACUCAUCGGAGAAAGAUGAGAAAGGGUGGCUUGAUGUGCCAAAGAGAAAAAGGAAGAACAGCCAGUCUUCGAUGAAGAGUAUGUCUGCUCUUAGCAUCUCUGUUCCAGGGUACAUCCCCAGCUACCUGGAAAAGGAUGAGCCAUGCGUGGUGUGCGGCGACAAGGCGACCGGUUACCACUACCGCUGCAUCACAUGUGAGGGGUGCAAGGGUUUCUUCCGUCGAACCAUACAAAAGAACCUCCACCCAGCGUACUCGUGCAAAUAUGAAGGCUGCUGCAUCAUCGACAAGAUCACCCGGAACCAGUGCCAGCUAUGUCGUUUUAAGAAGUGCAUCUCUGUUGGCAUGGCCAUGGACUUGGUGCUGGACGACUCGAAGCGUGUGGCUAAACGGCGUCUCAUCGAGGAGAAUCGUGAGAAAAGAAAAAGGGAGGAGUUGGUGCGCACGCUGCAGGUGAGGCCAGAGCCAAAUACCACUGAGUGGGAAUUGAUCAGGAUGGCAACUGAGGCCCACCGACACACUAACGCGCAGGGAUCCAGCUGGAAACAAAAGCGCAAGUUUCUGCCAGAUGAUAUUGGCCAAGGAAAAUUGGUACCCACAUCGGAAGGUGACAAGGUAGACCUGGAAGCCUUCAGUGAGUUCACCAAGAUCAUGACGCCUGCCAUUACUCGUGUGGUGGACUUUGCCAAGAAACUACCCAUGUUCUCAGAGCUUCCGUGUGAGGACCAGAUCAUCUUGUUGAAAGGGUGCUGCAUGGAGAUCAUGUCACUACGCGCUGCCGUACGCUACGAUCCAGAAAGCGAGACACUGACACUAAACGGCGAGAUGGCUGUGAAACGCGAGCAACUGAAGAACGGCGGAUUGGGUGUGGUGUCGGAUGCCAUCUUUGAUUUAGGCAAGAGUCUGGCCCUGUUUAACCUGGAUGACUCUGAGGUGGCGCUAAUGCAGGCUGUCCUUCUCAUGAGUUCAGAUCGUUCAGGGCUUACGAGUGUGGAGAAGAUCGAGCAGUGCCAAGAGGCUUACCUGCUGGCGUUUGAACACUACAUCAACUACCGCAAGCACAACAUUCCUCACUUCUGGCCCAAGCUGUUGAUGAAGGUAACAGACCUGCGCAUGAUCGGUGCGUGCCACGCCAGCCGCUUCCUCCACAUGAAGGUGGAGUGUCCCAAUGAGUUGUUUCCCCCACUCUUCUUGGAGGUCUUCGAGGAACAGGAUGUGUGACUCUAAAACAGUGACGCACCCCCUGAUAGAAACACCUUGACACUGACUAAAACUCAGUAAGGGGGUGCAUUUCAUCUUCCUUGAUGGGAUCAUUUGGCUUUGGACACCCACCACCUAUCACCAGCACUCAACAUCACAAAGAAAAGAAAAAUAAUGUGGCUUCUUUGUCGUGUCACUUUAAAAGGUACAUUUACUUAAACUUAAACUCAAGUAGAACGAUAUGCAGAAAAACAAAAAUCCAUCAGGCCUACUGUCUCCCUAUACAGGCACCUUUCAGCUCGUAUGGUGUGUUAUUUUUUUCUGAUUAUAAUCUCCUCAGAUGAUCCCACUCCACAGGCUUCUUUGCACCUUCCUUAUCAGCGGCGAACCCACUACAGUUCAGCCUGACCCCCAUUCAGCCGCUAUCAGUGUUCGCCAACCUACCUCCCUCACGUAGUGAGCUCUAAUACACACACGCUCCCCAAAAUACAACAGAAAAGCCUAUAAUUUUACCUCAUAGCUUGUAAAAUGUAGUGUCUUAUUUAUUGACGGCUUGCUGAGAAAAUACACAACCAUGUAGUCUUAAGCCUCUGCUUUGUGCUUUUAUAAUGGGUCUUAGUAUGAAGCUGCAGUACAGCAUAAUGUAUUAGUUAGAAUUAAUGCCUGGCAUGAGAUGCAGCUUACCCUUGCUGCAAGCUUUUCUUUUAUAUUAUCAUGUGUUACAAGCACAGGCUUAAGACUUUCUUUUCGGGCUUCAUAAUCAGUGGCGGCUGGUGGGAUGUUUUAAAUGCGCACCUGUAGACCACCCCAUCCAAUCCAGUCCCUUUCAGAUAUCACGGGGCAUGGAGGUAUUCCAAACACAGAACCGCUUACCAUAUUUGACAGGUAUUUUAUUCCAAGCUGCAAAUAAAAAUGAUUAUUUUUUAAGAUGCCUCUAAGGAUCUUAUUUUGGUGUCAGUGGGGAAGCCAGAUGCAAGAGUGAAGUGGAAAAGGGAAUCAACCGUUAGCUUUGUGGAUAAUUGGAUGGAGGGAAAAAUGGGAGUUGAUUGUGGAGUUGCAAUAGAAAAAAAAGAGAUGGAUUAAACAAGUUGAGACACAGUUUGGUCAAAAAAAUCCUCAUUUUCAGAUGCACUUUCAUAUAUGUGCAACAGCCAAAUACCUGUAUAUAAAGUGAAGUGAAACAGGCUGAUAUUGAAAAAUUCAAUUAAAUUCAAGCUUCACAGAGAAUUACUCCACCACUUUAAGCUCUUUGUAAUCAGAGCAAAGUUCAUGUGAUGCAUUUACUGGACACUUUCGCACUAGACUUAUUUUGGGGGGGGGGGGGGGGGAGGGACCUGAUUCCCAAGGUGGGCUAAUUGAUCUGCCGUCUUGAUUAGGCUGUCUGGUAAACAUCUUGCAAGUAAUUUAUCAAUUGAGUCUUCUGUUGAGAUCUGCAUCGAUCCUCAAUCAUUGUAAAAUCAUUUGUUGUUUGGCCUCAGGAAUAUUGGCACCCUCACACCCUCUUUCUUAGCCAGCCGUCCCUGAUUAUAUCGAGUCAUCAUCCCCUCAAGCAACAAGCUGACAGUUUGAAAGUAUUUUUCAGGCAAAGAGCCCCCUAUUUUCCUCAGGAGUUGCAAACCAGAACCAAAGGAGUGUGAAGGCACCGGGUAAAAUGGAACAUACAUUUAAAAUCCCUCAGAUAUUUCAUGUGAAUGCUGAGAAAUGUCACCAACACAAAAUGAGGAUGAUAAACACUGCUUUAUCCACCACAGGAUAUCAUAUCAGUAUCCCCCAAUAUGCAAAUUACUCCCCCAAGUGGUUGUGGGCAAAAUUGGGAUAACGUUUGUUUUGAGCCAAGGCCAGGACAUUAAUAUUGCUACCCUUUUAUUUUGAUUGCGUGAACACUGUUAAGUGCAAUAAAAAGGAAUGCCAAGAAAAAUAACUAUUAGAACUGGAACUAUCAUCUGUCUCGGCAUUCACGCUGUUUUUUCUUAUUUUUUUGUCUUCAGUAGCAAUAGUGUCAGUGCUUUUCUCAGCAUUUACAUUAGACUGGCUUUAUAGAAUAAUUUAGCUUCACAACUCCUCUUUCAGUGCUAAUGUAAAAAAUACAAGACUGACAGAGGUUACCUGGUUGCAUAAGAAUAAUAAAUGUAGUAAUAUAGUAUAUAAUCGCUCAGACAUGAUUCAGAGUUUAUCUAUUAUAUCUCCAAUAUAAACCUCCUUGCUUAGCUUCAUCUUGCACACACUUUACACUUUCCUUAGAAACUAUUAUCAUCUUAUCUACGCCAAUCGCCAGGAAAAACCAGAUCUCUUUUUCUUUCUAUGGGCCACAAAUAUAUUAUCCAUAUACCAAGACACGACCCAUCCCCCAGAUGUCAACCCCUGCUGAUGAUUUAUUUUUUUUUUUGGGGGGGGGCGGUUGGUGGGUAUGAUGUCGCUUACCUCGUCGCUCGAACUUUUCAAAUCCCUGCUGAAACGGACCGAUUCUACCUCACCCCUCAUCUCGGUGCGGCUGCCAUCUCAUCUGCAACACAAUAACACGGAUGGAUAGUACAUACAGGAUAGACACAAACAGCAAUGCCAACCUGUACAUCAACAGUUGACAGCCAAAGUCGCCCAAGUCAAAUUGUGGGACCAACGUGACUGUUUUUUUUUUUUAUUUUAAAAAACAGAUAUAAGACCCUAUUCACAUGCGAUCUCAACAUGUGUGCGUGUGUGUGUGUGUGUGUGUGUGUGUGUGUGUGUGCGUGCGUGUGUGUGUGUAUCAUCACAUGUUCAGUAGGCGGUUCUGAUGGAGUCACCCGGUCAUAAUUGCAUCCAUCUCACAUCAUGUCCCUGCUCUGUAUCCAAAUUCAUUGCAGCAAUCCCAAACAGCAAAUGUGCUCUUUAGAUUCCAACACUUUUGUCAAUUUUUAAGCCUGUUUUGGACAAACCCAUUUCAUGGAAUUGGAUAUACAAACAUCUCCGGUAAAGCACACUAGAGAUACGUUGAUGUCUCGUUUGAAUCGGGCCUCUUUGACUAAACAUGGUUCAGAUUGACCCGACGACCAGUGGGAUUGAGACCUUGUAAAACAGGACUCCCAAUAGGAGCCAUUUGACCUGAUUGGAUCAAGUCAAAAAUUACAGUGUUGGCAGUUAAAUAAACAAGUCUGCACGAUUUGCCUCUGGAUUCAGCCAAGCCGAGAGGAAGGAACCAGCACUUGGUGUCAUGUGACUUAUUGCACAGAACUGUUUUCUUGAGAGCACCCAACUGCUUGUGGCUGCGGAAGUGGACGCUAAGCUAUUUCCCGUAACGGGGGGGUUGAAAGCUUCCUGAGCGACUCUCUUAUCCUGAAAUGUACACUUGGAAUUUAAAUACUGCUGAAAUAAGCUCCAUUCCGCAUUUUUAGCUGUCAGAUUUUUUUUUCUGCUGCACUAACGCUACAAUGGAUGUAAUAACACCAAACACCUUCCUUUAUCUCUUUAUAUAACAUUUCCUGUUCUUGUUUGCUUCAAACUAUCUUGAUUAGGGUUGCAAAAAAAAUCUAUCUUUCGAAGAGGAAUAUAUGAGAAUUUACAGAAUAUUAUAAAUAAAACAGAUGUUGAAAAUCGUGAAUCUGUGCUUGCAAACAUUUAAUAUAUGUCUGUGUAUAAAUUUGAAAUAAGUAAUUUAACAAAAGAAAUUAGUCAAAGAUCAAUCAAUACAUGUGUAUUUUUUCAUUAAUUUUCAUAAUAUAUAUACAUUUACAAAUAUUUCCAGAAUUCGUUAGCAUCCCUGUGUAACAUUUCUAGAAACAAUAAAACCAAAAUUAUUCCACCCCUUUGCAACCCUAAUCUUGACAAUAUUCAAGAUCAUAACUUGGCACGCACACACAUGGCCUGUUUUCACACCUCUCUGUUGCUUAAAUAAACAAACAUGGGGCCGUUUUCACAAAGGGGAAUUUUUGAUCAAGUGAUAGCCAUUUUUUUCCCCCUUGGUAACAAGCAAUAGCAUCUGCAAAAGCAUAAUUCCAAACAAUGCUUGUAUGAUCAGACUUUGCAAAGGAGGCAAAUUAUCACACAUAGAAGCCAUUUUGAACUUUGUGAAAGAAGCCCCUCAUAGAGCCAUGGCCUUUUAAGUCCCACCACGCUUUGUUGCUACGUUGCAUGCUAUUUAAAUAGAACUGUGAGCACUGAUUAAACAAGGGCGCUCACACACACACACACACACACACACGUCCACGUAACAAAAGGAUGAUCAAGUCGUGUUGUUUCCCAGUCGCCGCAUCCAAGGGCUCCUGUGAUCUCACUCACUUUUACGGUCACAGAAAGCCACAUAUAGUAGUGUUCAAAAUAAUAGCAGUCCAAUGUGACUAACCAGAUUGAUUUACGUUUUCAGUAUAUUUUUUUAUUGGUAAAUGUCAAACAAGUUACCAGUAUGUGCAGUAGAUUCUCAGAAAACCAACAAGACGCAACAUUCAAGAUACACACGCUGAAGGUUGUGCAAAUGGGCAAUUUGUUAAAAGGAGUGGUUCGGCUAAGCUCAUGUACUGACGUUACUAUAAAUAUCCACACACACUAUACUAUAUGUGAUUUUGUUAAGAUCAUCAGUGGCCAAUCAAAUCCGAAACCUAUCCAGUCAUGUAGCACAUCUGUAUUCGUAUUAGUGAUGUCAUCGUGGAGCGUACACAUCACAAACUCAUUCCUACGCUUGUCAUCACCGUAUGAACGUCACAUUCUACAAUUUUUUUAAAACUCAGGAUCAUAUCCCUGAGCACAGAGAGCACUCGUGUGUUCCAGUUUAAGAACAAAAAAAAAAAAAAAAUGUUUGGCGCCAUUCUUUCUCAACCACGGGAAGAAAACCUCCUUUUAUGAUAAAAAACUGUCACCAGCACCACAGAACGCACUGCCUUCAGCCAUGAUCACAUGCACCAGCAUAGCGGAGCGACAGACCAACAGGCAGUGGUCAUCUUCUUUACCUUGCCAGUGACUGCGAGGCCAUGUUCAAACAAAUGAAAUCAGUUUAGAUUGCCGUUUUGACCUCAAUUUCGCCGCUCAAUUUCAGUGUCUUAUUUGCACGUAAAUGUGUCGGGGUUGUUGCGUUCGAGAGUAAUGUGGAGUCAGAAAUAUACUGCUUGUAGCCUGCGAGGUUCAAACUCAAAUCAUCAAACAGAAACACAUGGCUGAGUAUUGCCAUAUCUCCUUUGUGUUUCGGAGAGAUCGUUUGCCUGUCGGCUAUUUCUAUGCAGAACCAGUCGGGUUGAAUAGCGAUAUCUAUAAGCAACACGCCUUUCAGGGUACAUCAGAUUCAAAUCCGUCUACAAAAGAACAUUUUCGUAAAAGGAUUUUGGUUUCUUUUGCUUAAAAGUGUUCAUAUACGGACAAUCAGUGGUGUGCAAUGGGAUGGGCGGAUAAGAGAGAGGGCAGUGGCCCCAGACAAGCAAACAAGUUUGGGUGGGCAUCAAAAAUGACACCUCUAGCCUCGACCACUUUAUUUCGAUCAAGAAUCAACCUCCGUCACCGUACACCCCGACCCCCUUCCCCCCUCGUCGACCCCCCCCACCCCCCAUCACCAGCGUUCUGUACGGCAACACAUCUUCGCUCGCCACUACUUGGCAUGCCGUGCUCGUAUAAUCAUGCAAACUAACUGCUUGUCUUUACUGUCUCAUACAAAAAAUCAAACUCGCCUUUGGCGUACAUUCUAGUUGAGGAUUUGAGUUAUCGGAGAUAAUAUGUUCAAUUGUUGUUAGUUUAUUACCUUAAGCGAUGCACACAAAACAACAGUCCUGUGUUAGGGCCACCAUUCAGAGUUUUGUGACGAUGAGGACCAAAAAAAAAAAAAAAAAACACAUUCUCAAGUGUUUAUACAGGCACAUUAAAGAUGAUGUUUUUCAUUUUGUCGCUAAAACAUUGGCCGUAGUAUAAUCUAGCAGGCAAAAUGACUCGGUUGUCCUCCAUCUGUCGUUGAAAGCAGUGCAGAUCGGACCAUUCAUCGUGUCCCUGUGGGCUCCACCGUUAUUAUGCGAGGUCCUAUUGCCACAUUUUUUUCGGACCUCCGCUGUCGUAGCAGUAAAAUUGACCUAUUAAAUGUGUUUGAGCAUGGCUUUCGUAGUACGUGAGACAAUUGAUCUCGUUGGAGCUGUUGCCUCGGGGCACGAUAUUUGUUUGCGUAUCCUUUGCUACUUUCCUUUCACAAUUCCAAAAAGGAAGCAGUCUUUUUUGCCACCCGCUGACCACUUUCCCUGAGUCUGUCACUUUGUAUACUCGUUAUGUUAUACCUCAUGUUUACAAGAAAUUAAAACUGUGAACCUCGUGUUUAAGCUGUAAAAACUACACUUUAAAGCCUCGACUCUCAUGCGCCUGCUUCAAAACUGCUUUUAAUUACCCAGGGAAAGCGUGUUAGUCAACACCCUCUCUGUCUUCGGCACAUUUGUCCGUCCCAAAGCUCCCAAUCCUCGUCGGCGUUAGCCUCUCCUCCCACGCCAACCUUCUCACAGAACACCUGCCCGAAAUCUUUCCAGCACUGUUUGAUGGAGGAAGAUGACAAUCCUCUAGGAAUAUUGUCCACACGUGGAAUGUAAAAUAAUAGCAAUUGUACCAUCAAUAACGCGCUGUGAAGACCCACACACACGUUGUUGGUGGAUUUGAUGUUGCUACAUAUUGUGCAUCAACGUCCUACUUGUUAUGCCUGACUGGCUGAGUUUGCAGGAUGACAGAAAGGCAGGAUUGAGUGGUAAAUUGCUGUUGAAUUUAUUUUAUAUAUGGAAAUGCCUGGAGUGAGGACUUAAAAAAAAAAAAAAAAAAAAAAAGACGUGAUCCGUGUAUUAUAAUUGUUGGGGUUUUUUUUUCUUCUCUUUUGACUUCUAUUUAUAUCUGAAUAUGGUGUCGAGAAAAUGUGGGUCUAUUUAUGUUCAUUGUUGGUGCAUUUUUGGUGAUCUAGAUUUAAUCAAGUAUUCUGUUUCUCUUUGUUGACAAAAACAUUGAUCCAGCCUUUUUUUUGGGCAUUGGAGGACCCACAGACAAAUUGGUAAAUAACGGCGUUUCUCCAAGCAUAUGGAUAAUUUCCUGUAGUUUGUAAUAUAAGAAACUUCAUCACUAGUUAAGUGUCUGACUCUAAAGAAUUUUUUUUCCAUUCCUAAAAAUAUGACACAUUUAAUGUCUUUCUUAACUUUACAUGCUGUUGUUCUUUUAGGACAGCAAAGGAGUAUUAGGGCCACAGUAAAAUACGCUAUAAUUAUAAAAGAAAGCCAAAACUGAAUGGCAAUAUGAAAAAAUUACUUAACUUGUGAGAAAUUUGUUUUUCGAAGAUCAAAGUUCUAAUGGGGAAAAGAAAGUUAAAAAUAGCCAACAAUGAAGUUUUCCUAUUGUAACAUCCUGUCUGUAUGUAUGCGUUAUGAGCAUUGUUGAGGAUCUUGUCAAGUUAAACCUUCACAAACAAUGGAAUGAUUAAUGUGGAAUGUUUCGUGUGUUUUGGGAAACAUUUGUGUGUUCCUCAAAAAGAAUGACUUCAUCACUGAGAAGGCCUCUUUUGCUGGGUUUGUCAAGAAUUUUAACAGAUAUUUGAAAUGAGCUGAUGUUUAAAAUGAUUGGUCUCCUAAACGACAGACGCUUAUGUUGGUCUCGGUCUGUGUUUGCUGUGUCGACAUGAACUCAUGAAAACGUAAAUGUUUAAAAACAAAAAAAUUCAGAUUUGCAACUUUUAAAUGUGGCUCUAAUUCUCCGCAAUGCAGUAAAAUGAUUAGCAUGCAAUUCCUCCACGAGGCUCAUGUUUACAUUUUUACAGCUUUCCUUUUAUACUUGUACAAUGUAUCCAUGGGUUUUCCUUUCGACAUUUGAUUUCCUAUACAAUUCAGGUAGGUGAUGAAUGUUGUGAACUGUGAACUGCUUUUCAAAUUUGGAAUCCAAAACGUAUUUUGUCAGUGAAAGUGAAAGUGAGUCUCAUCUUGUUGACUCGAGCAUUGCUUUUCCAAAAUAAGACGCUAUGGCCGUCGCUUCGCUUGACGUUCAUUGGACCUUCAACUCAGGUCCAUCCUGUAAAGAAGAAUAAAAGAUACAGUAACUCAAUGUUGUGAUAAGAAUAUUGUUGUUUGUUGAUUACAAAAAAAGGCUUGUUAACUUUCAAGAUAGUAUCCAAACCAAUUUUAACCUUUCAUUAAACACAGCACUGCUUUUUCUUUUUUUUUCUUUUUUUUUUGCCAGAGUCAGCGAGGUAUUGUGACUGUUUUUAGCUCCUGCUCAAGUUCCAGGGAUGUAAUCUCGGCAGAAGGGGAGGAAAAAAAAUGUUUGAAAAACGCAUUGAGGGGGGAAUCAUGUAGCAUCUGUUAAGGAUUGUAAGAUACACUUUUCUCAAUGUUUGUGGCUCUAAAAACUGACCGCACUUCCUCUGUUGUGUCUAUAAGCAUAAGCAUGACCUGAAGCCAUUCUUUGACUAUUUAGCAUCAGACGGCCGAUUUUCCUUCACUGCCUCAAGUACACCAAGAGAGGACUGCACCAUCACGUGAGCAGGAGUGCUAUACACUAGGACUCAGCCAAAUUCAACAUCUAUCACUGGCAAAGAAGGAUUUAAAAAAAAAAAAAAAAAGGUCAAGAGAUUCUUUUUGGGAGUUCAAAAGCGAUAAGCCUUUACUUGAUUUCAGAUCCGAGGCCAAUCAAUUGUGCCUUGAAUGAGCGAUUUUGGACGACAAGUCAACAGAGCGCUGUUAUUGCCAUGAUGGAGAUGUCCUCUCUUGCUUCUGUUUUGUCCUUUUCACUGUGACUGUACAGUAUACUGCCCGAACUUGUGAGAGCGUCCACGUGAAAGGCUGUGUUUCCUUUUUGGGCGAAGCACGCACUACUUUUUUGGCGCGGCACGAAGUUGAAUGUAAAAGUGGAGAGUGAUGAUGGUCUAAAAGACCCCCUGUGAGCGUUUCAGGGUGUAUUUAAUACACUACUGCUGCUUGUGGGUUUGUCAUGGGCACAGUUGUUUUUUUGUCAGUUUAUUGUUUGUUUGUUUUUUCUGUGACAAAUGAGUGUGGCACAAUCAAAGAAUGGCUUCUGAAAGCUAUUUGUAUUUGUGGCUCUGUUAUAUUUUCAGCAUUCUAUAUAAAAAA